GCUAAUCUGUGGUGAGUCGAGUCUGUCCGCUACCAAGAGGGCAGCCAUGGAGAGAGAAAGGAGUUCUCUCAUGCCCCUGGACAUUGAGAGUCCCAAGAAAGACAUGCAGCUGCGGGUGACCCCGUCGGAGAUGAAGUUUCUGGACACUGUGGCCGGGAGAGUGUACCGCCUCCCCAUUACUGUACACAAUCUGGGCCGUAGCACACAGAAGAUCCGGUUUCAGGAGCCUGUCAAACCUCAGUUCAAACUGAUUUUGACCAAUCUGGAUAAAGCACUUGCUUCUGGCCUUCAGAUGACAGCUAUGGUGGAAUAUCAUCCUGAUAAAAAUGAAGACACUUUUGACCAACUACUUAUUUCAGUAGGAAAUAAGACAAUAGAAAUUCCUUUAAUUGGGUUGAUUCCAAUCUGUCAAUUGGAAAUUGAGUCACUAGUUAAUUUUGGGACAUUGGUUGCCAAUAGUAAAGUAUAUUGUAAAGAGGUUACUAUCGUUAACCAUGGCAAAGCUCCAGGUGUAUUUAAGACAGAAUACAGGGGCCAAUUACCCAUCCUCAUUUUUCCAGUUAGUGGUACUGUGGAGCCUAAGUCGUCAGUGGUUAUUAAAGUGGAUUUCUGUACGGACCAGCCAAGAGUUGUAAAUGAAAUGGCAACAGUGAAUUUGCAAGGUCGUCCUGAUGUACUCUUGAAUAUCAAAGCUCAUGUGGUUGAGCAGAUUAUUGAAUUAUUAAACAUGAGUAGUGACAAAAAGUUGGAAUGCAUACGUUUUGGUUCUAUUUUCUUUGGAACAUCAAAAAUUGAACAUGCACUUCUAUUCAAUAAUAGCCCAGAAUCCAUAAAUUGGGUGGCCAUAAUGCAAGAUAAUUCUGUGGGAGAAGAAGUGGGCACAAAUAUUCGACAAAGAACAGAUAUUGCUUUAAAUAAUCUCACCUACUUAAACAAAAUAAAAGACAUAGAUAUUACUGCUCUUAUCUCCUGUGUUCCUAAUGAAGGGGCUUUACUACCUUAUGAAAAGACUGUAAUUACAUUUUGUUUCAGCCCAAAGUUAAUAAUUGAUAGUAAAAAGGAUAUUGAACCUUCACACAGGCAGGACUAUGCUCUCUUUCUGAGAUUUGAUUCUGUAGGAAGUAAAGAUGGAUUUUUGAGAGAUGAUAACUGUAAAACCAUCAAAAGUGAUCGAUUUCAGAAAGUGGAAUUAGCACUGACAGGCUCAGGACUUCCUGUCUUACUACAGUUUGAUCCAGGAAAAAUCCUUAAUUUUACACCUUGUGUUAUGGGUGAGCGUUCAGAGAUUCAGUGUAUUAUACGAAAUCAAUCCAAAUCACUUCCUGUGAUGUACCACUUUAAAAAAACUGGAAAUUUUAAAAUUGAUCCUGAAAGGGGCACGAUUAAUGAAGGAUGUAGUCAGAAUGUAAUAUGUUCAUUUAUUCCACAUCAAAUUGGAAUCUUUAAAGUGAAGCAGUUGGUAGAAAUUAUUGGCUUAGUGGCGGAUGAAAAUUUGCUGUCUUUAUCAAUGAAACCUUUUCAUCACAUAUAUUUAGAUUUCAACAGCAUCUGCAAACCAGCCACCAAAAAAGUUGUGAUGAAAAUUAAUCCUGGUAUAUCCCCUUUGGUCAGUAAUCCCACGGGACAGUUUGUGGCCAAAGAUUUGGCAAAAUACAAGGACUCUGCACCUGUAGCAAUGCUUCAAUCAGCCAAGACAUACAUUCACAAUCAUCGCUCAAAUAAAGAGUCAGUGAAGGAUGAGCUGAUAGCCUUUCCUAAUGACCGAACUGCAAGUAUCAGGUCUGGAGACCAUGAUAAACAUUUCAGGACGAUUUUCACAAAGAUUCCAAGAUAUAACUAUGUGGAUCCUGAUUUUGCAUAUACUGAAUUUGAAAAAAUGGAAAAGAAAGCACAUAACUACUACUAUGCAAUGUAUAUUAAAUAUUUAAGAAAUGUACGCCUGCAGAAGCAAGCAGAGAGGGAGUGCAUGUCUUCACGUAAUGAUACAGAUAUAGGCUUACAGCCAGCAUCAGGUUUAAAGUCACCGUCACUCUCAGAAGCAGAAGUGGAAGAGGACCUCUUUUCAACAGAGUGUCCCAUCAAAGCUAAUCAAUUGCUAAGUACCAGGAAUAUAGCAUCUAGGGAGAAAGCAUCCCUAAGAAGAAAGGUUCACAAAACACUUAAAUCAGAGCCAACCACACCCCAAGAAAAAAAUGAUUGCAGCAUAGUUUUGACACCAAAGCACAUUCAUCAAGUCAUUGUUGGGCCUUCUGUCCUUAACUUUGGUAAUAUUUGCGUGAACUCUGCAAGUGAUCAUCUACUACAUGUGAUUAAUAUGCUACCUAUACAUAUUUUGAUCCAGUUAGAUACUAAUUUGGAAGAACUUCAAAAGACCAAGCAAUUUUCAUAUGUGAUUCCACCUACAUGCAAUACUAACAUUACAGUGAUAUUUGAGUCUACCAUGCUUGGAAAAUUUUGGAAGUCUUUCACCUUCACAGUGAACAACACACCCAGUGGACACAUCCUUGUAAUGGCAGUUGUCCGACCGGUAAAACUUGAGCUAUCUUCUGACGAACUAGUAUUGAGACCACACGGCUUCUUGGUGAAAACAUGUUUUCAGGGGACGAUUAGAUUAUAUAAUCGUCAGAAUUGUUCUGCCCAAUUUGGGUGGCAACCGGCAAACACUGAAAGAGGGAUGGCAUUUUCCAUUUGUCCUGCUAACGGCAUUGUGGAAGCAUACUCCUCCCUGGAAUGUGAAGUAACAUGGCAGCCAAGUUUCAGUGCUCCAGAAAGGGGAGAAUUUACUCUUCAUGUCUCUGAAGGAAACACGUUGACACUAAAAUGUGUUGCACAUCUUGGUCAUACAAAGGUUACACUUUUGGAGCCAAGAAUACUCUUCAGUAAUUGCCCUCAAGGUUUAACAACUUGGAGGAAAGCCAUUCUUCACAAUGUAGGACAAAACCAUGCAUAUUUCCAGGUUUGUGGCCAGGGUCUUUUGCCUACCAUUACUAUUAUUCCAUCACAAGGAAUAAUUCCAAUUGGGGGGAUCACUGUUCUCAAUAUUUCCUGUACACCCACUGUGGCAGAAAAAUUUGAUACAAGAGCAAAGGUUGCUAUUCGUCAUGCAAAUACCAUAGACCUUAGGAUUGGUGGAUCUGUUGAGAUUGCUGCUAUCGAAAUCAACCCUGAUGUAUUUAACUUCAGUGGCACCUAUAUUGGUACUACCCACAUUCUUCCAUUUGUAAUAAAAAACAAAGGUAUAACACGUGCCAGAGUGGAGUUUAAUCUAGAAGACUUCCAAGAUUUUUCAAUGGAUCUUGAAGACAAAUCAGUGGCAUGUACAGACCCUGCAGUUCCUUACGUAUAUUAUUUUGAAGUAGAGGAAAAUGCAUCUUUGAAAUGUGGCAUAGCAUUUUCUCCCAGAGAAGUGAUAACAUAUGACUUCAUCAUUCAAGUUAAAAUUAAUUUCUUUGAGGCUUCAAAACUCUAUGCUCAAUAUUUGUCAAGUUCUUCUGUGAAUCCAAAGACAACACCACUUAUUCAACCAUGUUAUGUUCAAGUUACUGUAUUGCAAGCACCAUUGAUUUUAUCCAGUACUAGGUUUGUGUUUGAAAUCCCUUUACAUGAGAUGGAUCCUAAAAACAAGGCCGCAAAAACUGAGAAUCUUACCUUAGAUAAUAUUUCAAAACAAGAUGUGCGAUGGAUUUUGGAUAUUAGAAAUACUGGCAAACUUUUCAAAGAUGGCACAUUCAAGUUUAGUAUACUGACUGGGACUCUGAAACCACAUGAAAAGUGUAGUAUUCCCAUAAGUUUCUGUCCAAAAUAUCCUAAAAAAUACACGGUUGAUAUUCCUAUACUCUUAAAUGAUAAUCCAAUUUGCUAUCGGAUCUUACAUCUGACUGGAGAGGUGAAAUCGCCCAAGUUACUGUUUGACCCUCCAUUUAUAUUUUUCACUCCUGUCCCUUUGGAUAUAACAACUGUGAUGGAUAUCAACAUUUUCCCUCAAAACUAUUUCAGAAGUUCAACUCUACAUGUUCAGAUUCCCGCAGCCAGGCUUCUUGAUGGUGAUGAAAUUCAUCCUCUUUCUGUGAAGUUUCCAAAAGACAGAGUCAUCACAGGCUCUCCCAGUGGAAUUAAUGAUAUGCUCACCUGCCGCCUCAGCUUCAAAUCAUCUAAACCUGUGUCACUUUUCACCAAUCUUCUUUUCUGUGAUGACAGAAAUAACUUGUUUUCACUUCCAGUUACUGCAACAGCAGAAAACUGCAUUCUUACUAUUUACCCAUAUAUAGCAAUUCAUCUGGAUAGACACAGAAUUUAUUUAAAGAAUGAUAAGGAUGGAAGUCCUAGGAAGACUAAAGACAGUGAUUUGCUUUCUCGCCAGAAUGCUAGAUCACGUUCUCCUGCUUCAAUUAAAAAAGCAUCCAUCACUACUAAAUUUAAAGAUGCUGUACCUGAAAGGGAAAACUUAUUUAUUGGAAUGGAAAUAAUACCUGAAAAUUUGGGCUUGAAUGAAAGUAAAGCAUCAAAGAAAAAUUAUAAAUCUGUGGAAAAGGAGGAGAUCAAUGAACAAUUCUUUACUCUUGGAGAAGGAACAAAGGCAUAUAAUUUCUUUCAGAAGGUUGUGCAUGCAGCUCAGACCUGGUUCGGUCUCUUUGGCUGGCCUGAAGGACCACAUUCCUUUUCUAUUCCAGAGACUAUAAGAAGGGAUGUGUAUAAAAUACAAUUCUACUCACCAAAAUCAUCACCGAAAAAAUUUUCCCGACAAAAUGACUUUUCUAAAUACAAUAAAACCGUUUAUGAUGUGGUGCUCCACUUGAGUGGAAAAAUGCCCGCAGGAAUUAGUUCAAGUCAAUCUUUACCUGUAGAUAACAAUGAAAGAGUGAUUCAACUUCAUUUGCAACAUUCCUCACUUCUGGAUUUUCUCAAUACUCAAGGAGCAUGUAUUUCUCAUGUACUGCCCGAAUUUCUGCUUGAACCAGAAGAUUAUAAGAAAUGGCUUGAAAUUAUGUCUUCCACUGAUACCGUGCCUGUGAGUUCCUCUACAGAUGAGGAAAAGUGUUCUAUUGUUAUAGAAAUGACUGAGUUUGAAGCCUGGAGUAAACGGGCAUGGACAGAUGUAUUCCUUCAGAUAUACAAGGUUCUGGUUCUAUGCCGGGUAGUACCAUAUUGUAGCAGUAAUAUGCCCCCCAUACAUCUGCAAAAUAAACCAAAAAUCAAUCCUUGUUUUGUAUCCAGCAACAUAUAUUCUAAUUCUGAAAGAAUUCUACUUACUUGGUUGAACACAAAUUAUGAGAAUACUCGAUAUAUUAUAUGGAAAGGUUGUCACAAAGAUAUUAUGCCCGUUGAGAGAUGGAUAGUAAAUUUCGACAAAGACCUUGUAGAUGGGCUUGUUUUAGCAACACAAUUGGGAGCCUAUUGCCCAUUUUUGAUUGAGUCCCAUUUUAUAAAUAUGUAUACAAGACCAAAAUGUCCUGAACAGUUUCUGCACAAUAGCCUCAUUGUCGUAAAUGCUUUUCAUGAAAUUGGCUUUGACAUGAACAUACAGGCCAUUGACAUCUGUGACGCAAAUCCAAUCCUAAUGCUGAUGCUUUGUGUCUACAUGUAUGAAAGACUCCCUACAUACCUCCCCAGAAAGGUGGUGCGCUUUCAUUGUACUCUACAUGACACUGUGCAGAGACAGAUUCUACUGAAAAAUUCAAGCUUGAAAACCUUAGUGUAUAAUGCUAAAAUUGUUGGAAGAGAUGCUGCUGACUUCUCCCUCUCCCAAACAGGAAAUGUUGUGACAAUUUCUCCAAAAAACCAAACUGAUAUCACUCUGAAAUUCACCAGUCGCUUUCUUCAUCCGGCUAAAGCUUCACUGCUGUUAAUUUCAAAGCCUAAGAAUGCAACAGGAGGAGCUACAAUGGCUUUUGCUCUUAAGGGUGAAGUUGUCAAUUUUAAAGCCAUGGAAAUUAUAAAAUGCAAAUCUCCAUGUUAUGAAUGGAAGAAAAUCACCGUGAAUGUGAAAAACCCCUUCCAAACUGCUGGGGACUUCAGGAUCAUUUUGGUGGAAUCCUCAACAUUUGUCUCUUUGCCAUCACAGUUAAUGGAAUCUGGACAAUAUAUGAAUCAUGACGAUAAUGUACGUAACAGUGGAUGUGGUACUCUUUGGGGCUGUUCCCAUGCCCCAGAGGCCUUAAGAACCUCAAUUAAGUCCGAUUUCAUCAGAGAGUUCUUCUGCUCCAUAUCUACUGUUUACCUGGAAGGGAAAGGAACUUCAAGCCUGGAGCUAUUCUUUCUUCCCUUUAACAUCCAUGUGCGCUACUGUGCCAUCAUCUUGAGCAACAAAAAGAUUGGAGAGUUAGUAUAUGUUUUGGAAGGAAAUGGUAUGAUUCCCUUGCCUUCCCGUUUCCUUCCAAUGGAUCCUUCUUCUAGUCCAGUUUCCUACAGCAAUACUCAAGAAGAAGGGUUUAAUAAGGAAGAUCCAGUUCUAUAUUUGAAAUGUGGACUCCGUGAAAUCCUGGAUGUGGAACUUAAAUUGCCACUGAUGAAUGAAGCCAAGGAAAAGGCUUUCAUUUUUGCAGCGCAGCAACAGAUGUCAAAUAUUGAGUAUGAACGAAGGCUGAUCACAGGCACUCUGGAGAGCAGUAGUGUCCGUGUGGCCAUCGCACUCCUGGGGCUGAGCAAGAUCGAGUCUGGUACGCUCUUUCAUACCUCAGAGUUGAAGAAGGCUAAGUCUAUUUUAUACACAACACAAGUGAGCCUUCCAGAACAUUUUUAUGUCCCCAAGACAGUCUACAUCCCUCAGAUUCCAGAAGCUGAAGAUAAAUUGACACAAUUUCAAGGAAUUAAACCUGCAGAAAAACCAGCUACAGAAGCAUCUGUUGCAGUUCCUUUACGAUUUGUUCCUAUCAGUCCUGGAUGCUACCCUUGUAAAAUUUUGUUGACAUCAAGGUAUGAUGUGCGUGCCUAUUAUGUUGAAGGAGUGGUGAAUGAAGAACAGCCAGAGGCCAAAUUUGAAUUUGAAACACCAGCAUGUGAACCACUUACUCAGAAUAUUCCAAUAGAAAAUAAAACAAAGAAGGAACGGAGAUAUCAAGUUACUAUAGAAGGAGAAUGGUUUUACGGACCUUCGGUUUUAUAUGUCAGACCAGGCAAAACUGUGGAAUAUCCUCUCACAUUCAAACCUAUUUUUGAAUGUGAGGUUAUGGGUAAACUUGUUCUACAAAAUGAAGUAGAUGGUGUGGAGCACAUGUUUCACAUAAAAGGGAUUGGAAAAAAACCCCUAGCCGUGGAACACAUCACUGUGGAAUGUGAAGUGGGAGAAACAAAAAUUAAACACAUAAUGGUGCCUAAUUAUACAAAUAGUACCCUAAAAUUUGAGGUAUCUUCAGACCUCCCAAUAGUGUGGGGAAAUGCACACAUAAUCAUAGAUCCUGACAAAGCAAAUCCAUAUAUUCUACAUGUACGCCCUUGGAAACGUGGUAUAUUCAAAGGUUCUAUUUCAUUUUCUGGGAAAAGCAAACAAGGUGCUUAUUUUAAGGAAGAUACAGAUCAAGAUCGAAAACUCUCCUUUCAGAAAUCACUAACAGACGUAGUCCACCCUUUUGAUGAUGAAGGUGCAGAUGAUGAUGUUAGCAAUUUAAUAGUCUGGUAUUCUCUUGAGAUCCAUAGCACUCCUGGACUACCCAUAAACAUUAUUGAAAUGGAGUGUACUGCUCUGGACACUGUUUGCAUUGAAAUACCUCUCUCUAAUCCAAAAGAUAGAAUUAUUUACCUAGAUGUGCAAUUCACAAGUCCUGCACUUGAUGGAGACAAGAAAGUUAUGCUGAAUCCACUAGAAUGUACCAGUUAUGUUAUCUGGUAUUCUCCAGCAACUACAGGCUGUAGAAAUGAAAGCAUUAUUUUUCAGCCUGAAAUGUCUGAAGAGUUCUGGUAUUUACUGAAAUUAACUAUCGAAUUACCAAAAGCAACCAUUAUGCCAGAAAUACAGUGUGACCUUGGCAAGUAUGCUACUCAGACGGUUCCCUUAACUAAUCCUACACAUGAAACCUUAGAAUUGCAAGCAACAAACAGCAAUCCGGAAAAUUUUGUCCUGGAUGUUAAUGAAACAUCACAACUGAUUAUAACUCCUCACUCCACCACGGAGUUAUCUGUUCACUUUUACCCUUCUAUGCUUGGAAGAGCUGGUCAUCAAACUUGUAUCAACUUCUCCUGUACUCAGUUUAAAGAGUGGAAAUUCUACCUCUCUGGAAUAGGACUAUUGCCCAAGCCUCUAGACACGAAAAGAAUAACUACAUGCAUUGGUUGGCGUUCACCUGUUAUUAUACCUUUCAAAAAUCCCACCAAUGAAGAUGUUUUCAUCGACAUCUUACUAACAAGUCAGGAAGAGCCCAAGCAUCUUGUCAUUGAUCAUUUCUGGGAUAGCUUCCUCCAGGAAAAUACUGCCUUCAGACUUACUGCUAUGAGUCAAAUACAAGGAAUUGCAUUGCCUCCUAAAGGAAAUCUAGAGAUCUUAGUGUUAUUUGUGCCCCCAAGUAUGAAAUUAUACAAAACAAUAGUCGUCGUUCAGAUGAUGAGAGCAAAUAAGAAAAGUUGGCCUGUUGAUAAUUUUGAUGAAUUGGAUAUAAACACGAAAAGAACUAUGGGAGUAGACAGUGGAGACAUUCAAGCAAUACACUGGAUGUACCCUAUUCUUGGGAUCCCACAGGCAUCAUUUCCUAGAUCUUCUCCAGUUGUCAUACAAUGUCAGUCCAGGAAGCGGGUGGAAGAGAACGUGGAAGUCACACUGUGUGGUGAUUUUUUUGGAAAACAUCCUACUCCAGAAAUGACAGAAUUUUUAGUGAUUCCAAAAAGAAAUUCAUAUAAUUUUUAUGAUGGUUUUUCUGAAAUGCCUAAAAAACGUGAAUUUGAGUAUGAAAUUCAAUUUGAAUCUGAAGUUAUAGAGUCUCACUUGGAACCCUGUGUGGCUUUAUAUUUGAUCAGUAAAAGUUAUAGUAUCAGGGAUGAAAAGAUAACAUUGGUCUUCAAUCUGGUAUUUACACCACAGAAACCACUGAGGUCUAACAUUACACUGAAAAUAGAAUGCGUAACAGAUGGGAUCUGGUUGUUUCCCAUAACGUUGGUUGCUACUGAGCCUGAUGUGGAUGCUGUCAUCAACAUUGAAGGAGUUGGUUUAUUUAAGGAGGCUGUUGUUGACUUUAGGCUAACAAGUCAGACAAGAAAUUCUGAGUCCUUCACUGCAUACUUCCUACCUGGCAGUGAUUCGGAGUUUUUUGUAAGACCUCAAGCUGGAAAACUUCUUCCUAGUAACACAAAAGGAACUCUCAUCAUUGUAGGAUUUAAACCCCGAAUGUAUAGCAGAAAAUACAAAGCAACAUUAGCAAUAGAGACAGCGGAUAUGUACUGGUUGUAUGAUAUCAAUGGAUUACCUCAUUCAGGCAUGCCACUGAUGAAUGUAAAAGCCAAAAUUGAUGCUACUAAUGAGAUAUAUGACCAAAAGCCAGUUCGUCAGCACAAUUUUAUCCGUGAAAAUGCUAAACUCUUAAGUACAGGAGUGUCUUCUACCAUCAAAGGUGCUCCUCUGGUGAUGAAAAAUAAAUAAAAAUUUUCCUAAAAUA